UGCGCACAGCACUUCCGGAGCUGCGGGGACUGUUGUGCCGGAGGAAGCAGCGGGGUCCGACCGGCGUCGGCUCGCCGCCUCUGCUAUCGCCGAGUCCCAGUCAGACUUCUGUGGCUUGACCUGCGCUGGCCUAUCGGGGCUCUGCGGCCGUGAGGUCGCGGUUCCUGGCAGGAUGGUGUUAUGUCGUUCAGGGUGUCCUUGAACUCACUGUGUAGCCCAGGCUGGCCUCAAACUCAUGAUCCUCCUGCUUCAGCCUCCUGAGUGCUGGGAUUACCUGCAAGCACCACCAUACCUGGUGGGGCAUCCAUUUCUGUCACUGAUACCCCAGAUGGAAAUCAUAUGACACAGACAUUUGGUUGAUAUCUACCUGAAAGAUCUUCAAACAUCACAGAAUACAAAAACACUAAUGCAUUUGACAAAGCAGUGAAGUUAGAGGGAAGAAAAAGCAAUUGCUUUCCCGAUUUCCAACUUGACUGGAUGCAGGAUGUCGGUGGACAUGAAUAGCCAGGGGUCUGACAGCAAUGAAGAGGACUAUGACCCAAACUGUGAGGAGGAGGAAGAAGAGGAUGAGGACCCUGGGGACAUAGAGGACUAUUAUGUGGGAGUAGCCAGUGAUGUGGAGCAGCAGGGGGCUGAUGCCUUUGAUCCAGAGGAGUACCAGUACACUUGCUUGACCUAUAAAGAGUCUGAGGGUGCCCUCAAUGAGCACAUGACCAGCUUAGCUUCUGUCCUAAAGGUAUCUCAUUCAGUUGCCAAACUAAUAUUAGUUAAUUUCCACUGGCAAGUCUCAGAGAUAUUGGACAGAUACAAGGCCAAUUCUGCUCAGCUGCUUGUUGAGGCUCGAGUUCAGCCUAAUCCAUCCAAACAUGUCCCUACGGCCCAUCCUCCUCACCAUUGUGCAGUGUGCAUGCAGUUUGUGCGGAAGGAAAACUUACUCUCUCUGGCCUGUCAGCACCAAUUUUGCCGCAGCUGCUGGGAGCAGCACUGCUCAGUACUUGUCAAGGAUGGCGUGGGUGUGGGAGUCUCUUGUAUGGCUCAGGACUGUCCGCUUCGUACACCAGAGGACUUUGUGUUUCCGUUGCUUCCCAAUGAAGAAUUGAGAGACAAAUACAGGCGCUACCUCUUCAGGGACUAUGUGGAGAGUCACUACCAGCUCCAGCUGUGCCCUGGUGCAGACUGCCCCAUGGUUAUUCGGGUACAGGAGCCUAGAGCUCGCCGAGUACAAUGCAAUCGGUGCAACGAGGUCUUCUGUUUCAAGUGUCGUCAGAUGUAUCACGCUCCUACAGACUGCGCCACAAUCCGGAAAUGGCUUACGAAGUGUGCAGACGACUCUGAAACGGCCAACUACAUUAGUGCUCACACUAAAGAUUGUCCCAAGUGCAACAUCUGCAUUGAGAAGAAUGGAGGCUGCAAUCACAUGCAAUGCUCCAAAUGUAAACACGACUUCUGCUGGAUGUGUCUAGGUGACUGGAAGACUCAUGGCAGCGAGUACUAUGAGUGCAGUCGGUACAAGGAAAACCCUGACAUUGUCAACCAGAGCCAGCAAGCCCAAGCCAGGGAGGCCCUCAAGAAGUACUUGUUCUACUUUGAACGGUGGGAAAACCACAACAAAAGUUUGCAACUAGAGGCCCAGACAUACCAGCGGAUUCAUGAGAAGAUUCAGGAGAGGGUCAUGAACAAUUUGGGAACUUGGAUCGACUGGCAGUACCUACAGAAUGCUGCCAAGCUCUUGGCUAAGUGUCGAUACACCCUGCAGUAUACCUACCCAUAUGCAUACUACAUGGAAUCUGGCCCCAGGAAGAAGCUGUUUGAGUACCAGCAGGCUCAGCUGGAGGCUGAGAUCGAAAACCUCUCCUGGAAAGUGGAGCGUGCGGACAGCUAUGAUAGAGGGGACUUGGAGAACCAGAUGCACAUAGCAGAGCAGCGAAGGAGAACCCUGCUGAAGGAUUUCCAUGACACCUAAGUCAGAACACGGAUGUGCCGGGGUGAAGAUAUGGCUGCAAGGUCUCCCGGCUGCCGUACUGCAUGCUGCAGGCUCUGCCUUUCACGACCCAGGUUGCAGCCAGGGCCCCACUCCUGAGAGACACUGGCAAAACACCUCUUAGUUGAUUUCUGUUUUCUUAUCUUUUGCUUUUUGUUUCUACCAGGGUAGAGGCCAUGUUCAAUUGACCUCUUUUUAAGACUUUAAAUUCCCCCUGGAUGGUUGUUGGGAGGGAGGGAUUUUUUUUUUUUUUUCUGAAUGGCUAUUAAUAGAAUUAGAUCAUUACAACUUAUGUAAUUUUCAAAGGCAAACCAUAGGAUAACAUGGCACCCUUUUUAAAAAUAAAUUGGCAUUGGAGUGUUUUCACCUCUAGCUAUUUUAUUUAGAAUGUAACAUACACUGCCUGCUCACCCUGCCUCAGAAUGUCUGUACUGCCAUGGACCUCAGGGUGGCCUCUGCUCUCCAGCUUUACAUGUUUGGCCACAGCUGGAGUCUCAAAAGAAGAGCAUGGGUAGCAAGUGGUGGGGGCUGAGCUGGCCUGUGUAACAGGUGUGGGGCACAGGGAAUCACAUUGUGCCGCCUGCCUUUCCUCGGCAAUAAAGAGACAGAACAGAGUCUUCUUCCUGUGGGCUCAUUUUUGUUCUUGAAAGUAAGGUUCCCUGAGUCUGGCUAUUGAGGCCAGGACUUUACCAGUAGAUUAUAGGUGGAUUUGUGGCCCUCCACACUUCAGGACAGUGGUUCAGUGUGGUGCUUCCUUUUGUCUCCUCAAGAUAGACAUCCACUUGUGAAAGGAAUUAUUGCCCAAAGUAAAUUUGCUCUACCUUUAUCCCUCCUUUUGUGCCAGUAUUCAAGUGGUGUAACUCUGAUGAGGCCCAUGGGCAGCCCUCCUGACACUGUCUUGUUGCACUCAUAAAUACCAGGCAGAGUUCAACGUGGACCUCCUAAGGGCAUUGGCCUUUCCGACCCAGGGCCAAGGUUUGCACAAAGUUGUUUUUUGUUAUAAGUAGGAGGUCCAGCAGCAGGGGUCUAGGGUGUGCCCCCUUUUUCCUAAUUCUACCUGCUUGACCAUCUGGGAAUCAGGCCAGAUUACUUUGUGGUCUUAGUUCCUGUACUAGUAGGGACUGGCUGGAGAAAGGACUAAGUUUUUUGUUUUUGUUUUUUGUCUUUCUGAGACAGAUUUUUGCUAUGCAGUUCAGGGUGGCUUCAAAUUCAUGAUGAUCAUCCUGCCACAGCCUCCUGAGUGCUGGGGUUAUAGGCCUACACCACCACCCCCAAUUUUGUACAGUCAAGUACAGGGGAGUAGGUAAUUUACUUGAUGUCCCAUCUGUCUUGAACCAGGUCCUGUGAGCCUUUCAACAGUUUGAUCUGUGAAUUCUGGGGUUUCUGUGGCUUUGUGUAGCGCCUCCACGCCAAGGUUGACCGAAUGGUAUACUUGACAGGGCUCCAUGGCCUCAUGGAGAGCCUAUAGGGAAAUGUUACUAUUACAGUUGGAGUUCUAUGAUACUCUAACAUUUUCACUUCCAGUCAACAGUCUGGGUACCAUGUAAGAUGUAAUACUGAAUUAUUCUUGAAGACAGCUGUAACUCACAAGAUACAUGCUGAUUGCAGGCUUCCUUUGUUCCCCUCAGGCUUUGUCUCUUCAUGUAGUCCUCAGCGAGGGAAGAAUGUGGGGUGGAUGGGAGAGCAAGUUCAGGAUCUGGCAAAUGAACCUAGCAUGGGGCACUGGAGAGCUAAUUGUGAGCAGAAAGCCCCUGCUUCGGGGCCCUGGGCUGGUGCUUGUAUGCACAUGGACUAUCCUGACACCCAGAGCCUGUACCCCUUCAUGGAGUCCUUCCUGUGGCGUCACCACAGUCCAGCUCUGCACUUUGACCCACAUCUCGGGUAUUUCUGGACUGUACAGUUGCCAUCUUCUGUACUGACAUCCAGCUGUGACCCUGGUCACGGGAGCUGCCAGUGGUGGUUCUGUAUCUAGACUGUUUCCUGUAGUGCUUGACCUGUGGAGAGCUUCCUUCUGUGCCUCAGUGGCUGUCCUUUGUUAACAUCAGGAAGAUGGGAAAGGUCAGGCACAGUUUUUUUUGCCCUGCAAAGGGUAGAAGAGAGACAGUGUUUUAAUGAAUUUAUCGUAUCUGUUUUUCUUCAGAGAAAAGGUUGAAGAAAUGUCAUUGCUCAAAGUUGAGUGGUUUAUUCAAAAUAAACGAAAGUUUCUGAUUAUAAAAA